AUGUCACUUCAAAUGUGGAAUAAUCCAUGGUCAGAAUUGGACAAGAGCAUGGAAAACAUGACACAAACCAUGGAACCGUUCAACAAGAAUUCCUAUGGUGGACUCUGGAAACCUUCAUGUGAUGUAACAGAGACACCCGACAACCUGAUGAUUUCAUGUGAAUUACCAGGUUGCAACAAAGAUGGUAUCAACUUGGAUAUCUCGGAUGGUCGUUUAACCAUUUCAGGUGAAAGAUCAUAUGAAAAGAAAGUUGAUAAUGAAAAGUACCACCGUAUUGAAAGAUCGUAUGGUAAAUUCCAAAGAAGUUUUAGCAUUCCAGAGGGUUGUACUGAAAAGGAUGUUGAAGCAACUUUUGAAAAUGGAAUUCUUCAAGUCAACUUGAAAAAGUGUGCCAAGACUGAAACUCCAAAGAGAAUUUUCAUAAAGUAA